AUGCGGAGCAGGGGUAAACGCCGAUGCUUCAGCUGGACGCUGGAACAGAACUUGUACCACGUGGCAGCAGUUUCCUCGGCUUCUCCCAGCCAUGGCUGCUUCGCCCGAUACAUUGCUACAGAGAUUGCAGGCAAGGAGCUGACGGUGGAGGACCCGGCAGCUGGUUAUCGAGCUCUUCAUGCGAAGCUCAAGAAGGAGGAAGACUUCAAGGACGUGAGCCUGAAGAAGGUGCAGACGGCCAUUCAAAAGAUGCGGAGCGAUGCGAGUCUUCUUCCGGCCGUACCUGCUUUGUUUAGUGCCUCGGAUGACGGCUUCCUAUGCGAGUGGUCGUGUCAUGGUGCACCUUUGCGGGCCUUUCAGGGCACUGGAGGUAUGCAGUGUGUCGAGAUCACAGAAGACCUCGUCAUUGCAGGCGACAGCGCAGGAUUGAUGAGGAUGUGGUCGCGGACCUCUGGAGAACAUGUGCGGGACGUCCAGGUCGCCAAGAGGUAUGUGAAAGCGCUGGCGAUUUCUGGCGACAGCGUCUUCACAGGCGACUACGAUAACUUGGUACAGCAGUGGAACCUUGCGACCGGUCAGCGCGAGGCAGUCUUCACAGGACACAAGGCGGGCAUCGUGUCGCUGGCGGUUUCAGGUGACUACAUUGUAUCUGGUGGUGGGGAUGGUGCAGUUCUGCUCUUUGAUCGGAGAACGGGCAAGGCCAUCAACACCGAGAGCUCUGAGGUAACUGCAGAGCCUGCAGCACUGCUCUACAAGGCAAAUGGCUUCGUCUGCAGCCUUGUGCUCACUGAUGAUCGGUUGCUGCUGCCGGACAGGGAUGAGGAGAAGGCAGUGAGCAUUCGCCUCUUUACGCACACGGGUGACCUCGUCCCGGAGAACAUUCGAGACAAGAGGACCUACAAAUGCGGAAUGCCGGUGUGGCAAGUUGCGUCUGUUGGAACGUUCAUCUAUGCGCUGUGUCGUGACUUCACCGUGAAGAAGUUUGCGGCAGGAUCACGGCAGCUUCUGCAGACAAUCAAUGUGAAGGCCAUCUCGAAGGAGGCGAAGAACCCCUACGCCAUGAAGGUGAGCCAGGAGAGGAUCUUUGUGGGCUACAUCUCCUCCGGUGAGAUUGGCAUAUUCUCGACAGAAGAUGGCCGGAGACAAAUGGAGAAAGCCUUCGUGGGACACCAAGGAGCCUGUGCGACUGCCCAGCUGCGCAGCGGGCAGCGAGUUUUCCGCUUGCUUGAAGAUGUGCAUUUUGCACAAACGGAGGUGCAACUGGCACCAUGCCCACGGGUCCUGUCCACUCUGGGUUGCUUCCCUGCCAUGGUGUCGCUCGCUGAGUAUGCCGGGCUGCGUAAUUUCACGGCGGGUGCUGGGUUGGGUGUCGUGCUCGCUUUUGCUUUAGAAAGGUUCCGACGACGCUUCGUCCGCAAGCGAGAAGCUCCAAUGGUGUUCGAGACAUGUGUCGUCCACAGACUGUCCUCGUACGAGGGGCUGAAGUAUAAGCUGCUCGUUUCGCUACCACUACAAUACCACACGGCUGCCUCGCAGACACACUAUCCUGUAGUUUAUGCUUUCGACGCGGAACCGUACCUUUUUCCACUACUGGCUACUGCCGCACGUACGGAGCAUUUUUUCAAGCGAACAACUUGGUAUCCUGACCUAAUUGUCGUUGGGAUCGUCGCCGACAUCGAGGAAGACUUCUGCAAUCAUGACAGCUCGAUCAAAGUCAGGGGCGUUUGGGAUGCUUUGCGUCCGACUCGUGCGAGGGAUUACCUGCCGACCGCUGCCGAGAGUCCCUGGGGUGCUCCAGGGGCUGUUUCUUUAAAGGACAUCUCAGGCCAUGCCACGACCUUUGUCCGCUUCCUUGCCUCGAAGAUCGUUCCCUUCGUUGACGCUACCUACCGCACUCUGCAGCAACGUGCUUUGAUCGGCAAAUCCUUCGGCGGGAGCGGCGUGGCUCACGCCAUGCUGGAUGAUGUCUGCUCGACGCUGUUCCAGUAUUUCCUUCUGGGUUCGCCAUCUCUGGCCUGGGAUGACAAGGCCUUCUUUCGCCUGGAGGAAGAGACUUGCAAGUCCAGGGCACCUUUAGCCGCACGUGUCUAUGCCUCCUGUGGCUCGAAAGAAGAGGCACAGAUGCAGACUCUCCGCGACUUCAAGAGUGUUCUGGAAAGCCGAGGGUAUUCCAGCCUUUCCGUCACGUUGGAGGUUGUGGAUGGAGAGGACCAUGGAUCGCUGUCAUACCCCUUCGCUUGUAGAGCCAUGCGCUGGCUGCGGGAUGAGAUGUACAGUCUACAGAAGCAGGAAUCUUGA